AUGUAUGGCAAAAGUACCUUUCACAAAAUUCCCAAUAAGGGAUGCAGACAGCAAAUGUUCCAGUCAGUGGACUAUUAUCGCUCUGUUCGAGACCGUUUGCCGGUAUGGAAACUUGAGGACAUCCGACUCACGGAACUGUACUCCUGGGACAGAGAAAACACUUAUAAAAUGUUCUCUUCGUCCGACGCGCUAAUGUAUGCUAUUGUACAUAACCAUCAAGCGUAUGCUAAAUACUUACUCGACACUUAUCCUGAGGAGGCAUUGACUCAAACAAACAACGACCACAACUGUCUAACUGUUUCUUCUCAUGUCAUGUUAUCUGUUCGCUACGACAGGCGAGAAAUUCUGAAUGUGAUACUAGAGGUGGCGCAACGGCUUCCCCGACUUCGGCCCAACUGGAUUCUAUCUGAAGGUUUUAACUUAGAAAACGGACGGAGUCCACUGCAUCUGGCAUGUGAGCUUCUACAGGUGGAAACAAUCACUAUGCUCCUAAGAAACGGAGCCUCCGUAGAAACGGAAGACCGGAAUGGAGCAACGCCAGUGGACGUCAUUUUGGAGCAUUUACGGAGCACUGAGGAUAAUGUUGUAACGAAGCGCCGAUGUCUUGACAGCUUGGUAAUGUUCAUGACCACAGCACGGUUUAAGAUGCAGAAAUGUUUGAGAGAUGACUGCACUGGUUGGUUAAGAGUUCUUGGACAAAAAACAUUUAAUUUUCUUGUGGGAGACACUCCCAAGACAUUAGUCCUGAUAUCCAUGCACAGGAUUCUGCUCCAGAUUCCCACGGAAAAUUUUCUGAGCAGACUGAAUGCACUUCCCAUUCCGAGUCAGUUGAAACCUUUCUCCUCAUUCAGGGGAUGGUAG